AUGGCUCGUUCAAUAACAAUUAAUCCCAAUUUAGCGUUAUUAAUUAUCGAUAUGCAAAAAACUUUUGAGUCGAUGGCAAAGCCAUUAAUACCGGAAAUUAAUGCAACAAUUGCUUCGGCGAGAAAAGCAAAUAUACCUGUCAUAUUUUCACAACAUGGUCAUGAAAACCCGGAUGAGGAAGAGUCAACGUCUGUUUUAGUAAAAUGGUGGGGCGCCAGUGGAUCGAUCAAACGUGGUUCAGCCGAUUGGCAAUUGUUACCAGGUUUAGAUGUUGGGAAAAAUGAUCCUGUUUUAAGCGAGAAAUCAACAUAUGAUGCAUUUCAUAAUACACGUUUAAAAUCCCUACUGGAUUCAUGGAAUGUUGAUACACUUAUAAUUAGCGGUGUUCUGACAAAUUUAUGUUGUGAAACAACUGCUCGAUCAGCAUUUGUUCAAAACUAUAAUGUAAUAUUUCUAUCAGACGGUACAGCUACUGCUAGUGAUGCUAUGCAUCAAGGAACGUUAAAAACAAUUGGAUUCGGAUUCGGUCAAGUGAUGACUUGCGCUGAUUUGCGUGAAAAACUCGCUAAAAUAAAAGGCAAAUGA